AAAAAAGAAAAGAUGAUGAGGAGAAACGGGCAAAAGAUAAAGUGGUGAAAAGAUGGCAAGAAGUUGGCUGAUAUAUUCCAUGAAGAACAACAGCCUCUUUUGCUUCUGCUGCAAAUUGUUUUCCAAGAGGAACAUUCAUUUAACAAUUUCAGGAAUGGCAAAUUGGAAACAUGCAAGCACUCACCUCACAUCACAUGAAAACAGUCCAGAACAUCUCAAUUGCAUGAAAGCAUGGAAGGAACUGGCAGUGAGGUUAAGAAGUGGACAAACUAUUGAUAAGCAGGAGGAGGCACUACUUGAGGCUGAGAGGGUGAGAUGGAGAGCAGUGCUGACACGUCUCACUGCUAUUGUACAGUCACUGGCGGUUCGAAAUUUGGCUCUAAGGGGACACACAGAAACACUGUUCACACCAUCAAAUGGGAAUUUUCUCAAAGAGGUCGAACUUAUGGCCAAGUUUGAUCCCAUUAUGAAAGAUCACCUUAACCGUGUCAAAAGAGGAACAGCAAGUCACAACAGCUACCUAGGGCAUCAUGUGCAGAAUGAGCUGAUUGAUUUGUUAAGCAGCAAAAUCAUAUCUGAUAUAGUGGAUGACAUCAAGCAGGCAAAGUUUUUUUCAAUAAUUCUGGACUGCACUCCAGAUAUAAGCCACAUAGAACAGUUGUCAGUGGUCAUUAGAGUGGUGUCACUGAUGGAGAAGCCCCAUAUCAGGGAACAUUUUAUGGGAUUUUUGAAGGCAGAGGAGUCCACAGGGCAGCACUUGGCAUCCAUGAUCCUGACAAGACUUGAGGAGUUGGGAAUUCCUUUUGACGACUGCAGAGGACAAUCAUAUGACAACAGGGCAAACAUGAAGGGCAAAAAUAAGGGAGUUCAAGCCAGGCUCUUAGAAAAGAAUCCUAGAGCUCUGUUUGUGCCAUCCUCCUCCCAAAGAUGGUCCAUUCUGAAGAACCAUGUGAGCAUCACCUUAAAGAUGUGGGCAGAAACAAGGUGGGAGAGCAAGGUCAAGAGCGUUGAGCCCACGAGGUACCACGGAGCUGCCGUGAGAGAGGCUUUAAUUGAGGUGAGAGACAACACCAAAGACCCUGCUAUAAAGGCUGAGGCCCAGUCUUUGUCUGAGGAGGUGGGGUUGUACGCUUCAGCAUCUGCACGGUUGUUUGGACUGCAAGAAGUCCGCUACAUCUUCAUGGAGAUUCCAGAACCUUUCAAACACACGGCCCUUGCUUAA